AACACAACGGCAACGGAACCCUCUGAAUUUUUUCAUCCGCGACACUGGUUUCAUCUUCGCCGGCAAGAGCGUCGCCAUCCGUCUCACCCCUGGUUUCAUCUUCUACGGCAAUGAUGUCACAGAUCUAACGUUUUGAACCAGUGCAGAGAGAUUGAGGAAUUGCCACGUGUUAUAGGUUUAGCCCGCACGGGCUCAUAUUCGGGCCGGGCCAUGUUUUUAUAAUUGAGUUGUGAAUUCAGGUGGUCGGUCAGUGGCCGCGUGACGACGACGUGACUGACUUCUCCACCACACCAGCCACCACCAACUAUUUUACCCUGGGAAGGAGCUUAAUUGCACCGUUUUGGGAAAGAGUUUGCUGCUUGAGAUUCAAGACUUCAAGCAGAAGAAAAUAAACCUCCACAAUCAUGAAACAAGAUGUCGCACAAGAUAACACUCAUCCAAAGAAAUCAAUCCCACCCUACCUGAAGGCAAUCUCUGGUUCACUUGGAGGAGUUGUGGAGGCUUCUUGCUUGCAACCCAUUGAUGUGAUCAAGACCAGAUUACAGCUUGAUAGGUCAGGGAAUUACAAGGGAAUAGUUCAUUGUGGUUCCACAAUUUCACGAACAGAAGGAGUCCGGGCUUUAUGGAAGGGACUGACACCUUUUGCCACACAUUUGACCUUUAAGUAUGCACUUCGAAUGGGUUCAAAUGCAGUAUUUCAAUCAAUGUUUAAGGACUCAGAGACUGGUAAGCUUAGCAGUCAUGGACGGCUCCUUUCUGGGUUUGGUGCUGGGGUGCUUGAAGCUAUUGUUAUUGUCACGCCAUUUGAGGUGGUGAAGAUCAAACUGCAGCAGCAAAGAGGACUAAGCCCUGAGCUUUUGAAAUAUAAAGGUCCUGUGCAUUGCGCUCGAACAAUUUUACAUGAAGAAGGCAUACGUGGGCUUUGGGCAGGGGUCUCUCCAACUAUAAUGCGUAAUGGGACUAAUCAAUCUGUCAUGUUCUCCGCCAAAAAUGCUUUUGAUGUGCUUUUGUGGAAGAAACACGAAGGAGAUGGGAGUGUUCUGCAACCAUGGCAGUCUAUGAUCUCUGGAUUUCUUGCAGGUACAGCAGGCCCAUUUUGUACUGGUCCCUUCGAUGUAGUGAAAACAAGGCUUAUGGCUCAGAGCCGAGAAGGGGGUGAACUGAAGUACAAGGGUAUGAUCCAUGCCAUCAGAACAAUAUAUUCAGAAGAAGGACUUCGCGCAUUAUGGAAAGGUCUGUUGCCUCGGCUCAUGAGGAUCCCUCCUGGACAGGCCAUUAUGUGGGCUGUUGCUGAUCAAAUAAUGGGUUUGUAUGAGAGGAGAUAUCUUCAAAUGUCAGCUUUGUAGAUUCCCCCCUUUAUAUUAUUUUUUCCUUUCUCCAGAACCAGUUUCAUUUCAAGCCUACAAAAUCAUCAUUUAGCCUCAAUCUACUGUUAAUUUAUUUGAUUCACUAGAAUUUAAUUUUGUGGAUCUUAGUCCUUAGGGGUCCAUAACAAGGCUUCAUGCUGUAGGGAAUUUCUAGCAUUUAGGCCUAGAAAUUAUUCUGAAUAAUUGCAGAACCACUAGGUGGCAAGCCCUUUCAGAUGCUGGGUUUAUUAGUUUUAUGUCAAGACUUGAGAUGUAAAACACUGUCAAAUGCUAUUUUAUGAAAAGCCAAUAUGGCGUUAUUUAA